AUGGUGAUCAGUAAAACCAACAGGGAGGAUCUGACAUUGUAUUACUCUCAGAACUACCAUCAGAAGAUCCGUCAGGACUGUGCCGACUUCAUGAGAACAAACAGAUUCAACUUUGAACCGUUUGUCGAAGGUUCCUUCGAGAAAUAUCUGGAGUGUCUGGAGGACCCGAAGGAGACCGUGGGUCAGGUGGAGAUCAAGGCUCUGUCUCAGCUGUACAGGCGUUGUUUCCUGAUCUAUCGAUACCCGGGGAAACCAGCCACAGUGAUCUCAGAGGACGACUUUGUGGACAAGUCUCCUGCAGAUGCUCCUCCGUCCAGACUCUCUCUUCCUUAUAAGGUCAUGAAGUCUCUGGACGGAGACGUGUACAGAAACCUGGAGUUUGACGUGUGGCAGGACACCUGCAAAGGAGUUACCCCGCCUCCGCCGCGCUGUGCCAGGGUGCGUCUGGAGCCAAAGGGGAAAUACUAUAACGCCUUCAUCCAGGAAGUAGGAACCCACUCGUCAGCCGUCACCGUGUUCAUCGAGGAGCUGGGAGAGAAACACCUGGUUCCUCUGACGGAUCUGAAACCAGUGAAUCCAGUUCCUGCCUGGAAUGUUGCUGCUCCAACUAGAAAAGGAGAUCUGGACUUGGACUCUCGUGGUCAGCGUCAUCAUCGUCACCGUUACUUCAGGAAGUCUCGGGGCAGCAGUGGAAUGAAGGGGGCCGAGCUCAUGAUAGCUCCCGCCCCUUUAUACGGAGGCCCCGCCCCAUCCAGCCUGCCCCCUCGCUUCCAGCCGGCAGGUCACCCCCGCCCACCCCCUCCUCCCUCAACUGGAACCAUGACCUAUGAUCCCUACGCCCCCCCACACCACCACCACCACCACCCUACAGUCAGAGCUCCUCGCUACGGAGCGUCCAGAAGCUCCACCCGUUUCCUCAACCGUCACCUGAUUGGCCCACAGCUGACCUAUUACCACCCUGGAAGACGAUAUUACCACGACUAUGAGAACUACGCCUUCAGGUCCCGUCGUAGCCGUCGUCAGCUGGUUGCUGCUAUCAAUAAAGAUUGUCAGUUUGGUUACCCUGCGGAGACGGGGGAGGAGCCAGGCGAUCUGGACUCGGCCAUCACGUACUACCAGCUGGAUGACGCCAGCGACGCCGUCUUCCCGCCGCUGCCGGUGAGAGAAGCACAUGACCGCAGACAUGUGACCAUGCGUUUCCGUUUGGAUUCACUCUGACUCCUCCCACAGGGCACUGCUCCUCCCCCUCCACCUGGCUCCACCUAUCGAGUUCAGAGAGCCUCUGGACACCACCCCCCUUCACAUCGACCUGCAAACACCCCAGUGUGCUCCUCAGAGGACGAACAGGAGGACACGAGCACCGCUGAGGACCAGGCUGAGUUCUCAGAGGAUUUCAUCUUCAGUGCUCAGGAUCAGAACUACCAGACGUCCGGUGGUUACACAACUGCUGAGGCCUCCAACAAUCAGGAUGGACAGGAAGGAGGAUGUGCUGACUCUCCCCCAAGACCAGACAUGAAUUACAACUACACACAGCAGGUAGUGAAGCCUUUAGCUGUCGUUGGCUCUUCACCCUCCUCUUCCUCAUCCUCACCCUCUUCUCCAUCAUCGCAUGUUCCUGCAGCUGCUCACCUGCCGCCAAGUGCACACACACAGACACGCUCAGCCUCCAUGUCAAUCCCAGCUUCUUCUCCGUGGUUGGUUAAUGAGCUAGGUGAGCCUCUCUGCACCGUGGUGGCUCCGCCCCCUUACUCCUACGACCCUAAUGGCAGCGAUUUACCCCGAGACUGCAGAAUUCUUCAGUAUUACUUCAACUUGGGCGUCCAGUGGUACUGGCAGCAGCAGACAACGUUCUCCUCCCCCUCUCCUGAGAACCACUACACCUACCAACCCUACCCCCCCUACCUGAGCCAGGAGCCGCUGCACGCUGCCUCCCAUCAGCCCCCCUCCUCCUACCCAGAAUCCUCCAGGGCAGGAGAUGGACAGACGGACGGACCCUCCCCAUCGAUGGAAGGCUCCAUCUCCUCCAUUGGCCCUGUUCCUCCAGGCUCCGCCCCCUCCGCUGCUCAUCUGUACCAGGAGCAAACGCCUCUCCCCCCUCCCCCUAUGCUACACCUGCCAUAUGAAGCCCCGCCCAUCACCACCUACCUGCCCUCUGCUCCUCAGCCAACCCACCUCCCCCAUCACUCCUCCUACCACUGCCUCCCACCAUCAGUCCAGUGGGGAACGCUCCAGACUGGAGGCCACAACUCACGGGUUUAUUGCCCCGCCCCUAACCCAGCCCACGUGGUUGCUUACAUUACAGCCCCAUCCCCCCACCACACAGCGACACACUACAUCCCCCCCACCGUGUGA